CCCACCCUGCAACCACACACAGCCUCGCAAGCCCUUCACAAUUAGGAGGACACCUAUUCAGCACCGCGCUGGCAUCGUUGGGCUUUUGUUCCUUCUCCUCUUCUCCGCUGGCAAAGCUCUUCCUCCCCUCGGCACGGCGCUCGCUGAAGUUGCUGCUCCUAUUCUCCAGCCAAGAGUCGUUCGUGGUCCCACCAAAGUCCCGCGGCUCAGGCAGGGAGGAGGAAAAGAGGAGGCUAAAAAACAAACCCCCACCCCAAACCAACCCAAGCACAAGCCCCAAACCAAACCCAAACAAACAAAAAGAGGACCAAAAAGACCAAAGUCUUCCAGGGCUGCUCCCAAGCCUCUCCUGCUCCAGGUGAUGCCCCAGUUCACCUUUGCUUGCUUCUGUGGGCUCCAUGGCUUCUGCAAGAUGAAGAGGAAGAAAGAAGAGGCCAGCACAGAGCAGGAGACAGCAGUGUGAGAGCAGACCUGUGUGUGUGCCUGGCUGAGAGGUGCCUCAGGACCCUCUUCCCUUCCCAUUGAUACUUGUGUGGCCAGGAGACAGCUGGAGCACAGGAAUGACCUUGCCAAGAGGCAGAAGCAGAUGCUGUGGAUGUUAUCCAGGUGCUGCAACACUCCUGCCCAGACAUCCAGCCCAGCCAGGUGCUGAGCUCCUGGCAUCCAAGCAGUCAGUGACAGCAGGACCUUGUGUCCCAGCAGGGUAGAAUUUCCCCUCCUGAGCAAGCUGCCCUGCCCUUGCUCGACCAAGCCUCAACAGCCAGACCUGGAGGGGGGUUCAGAAGCUGGAGCUGGUCCUUGUCCUUCCUGGAGUCACAGUGCUGGAGAGGCUGGCUGCUGGCUGCUGAGCUGUCCCGCUGCUGCAGGACUGGCUGAAGGUGAAAACCCAGCUGCUCCGGGGGCUGUCUCAAGUGUCUGUGACUCCAGGAAGCCACUCUCCAUGCCUCUGCCCCACCCGUGCAGCAAGCCAGAAGGUUUCAGAGGCACCAGACACACCUGCCCUGCUUGGAUGCUGCUCCCUAUGUGACCAGGGUGGACUGGCAGCUCCCUCGCCACGGGCAGAAGGGACUCGGUGUGUGACUCUCCUCCACUGCACACCUGAGCCAUGGGGCUCAGUGGGACCUUGGCACACCCUGGCAAAUGGACCAAACUUCCUGAGCUCAGGGCACCUGUGAUUCCCUCCGGGGGCACAAACAUGUCCUUCAGAGCAGAAAUCCUUACAUUCUUCCACACUGAGCUUCCAUUCUCCAGCUGGAGACCUCCGGAGCCUGGAGCCAGAGGCAGUGCCUGGGGCUGCUGGGCAGGAGCUGUUCGCCCCCAGGGUUAGUCCUGCUCCUGCCACCCUUUCCUCCCGCGGUGGCUGAGCAGUCACCUUGUGCCACGUAGCUGUCCCCACGGUCCCUCUCUGCCCCCAACCCUGUCUGUGUGUCCUUCCCACCCCACUGUUGAAGCCAUAUGGGAGCUCCCUGCAUGCUGUGCCUUCCUGGAGGUGUCUCAGGCAGACAUCCCUACUUAGAUGCCCUCCAAACAGCCGCAGGCUGUGCCCGCGGAGGGCUGGGGAGUUGGUGAGACAAGGUCCCCUGGGGCUUGAGGACCGCGGCUUACAUUCCAGCGUCUGGAUCCCCAUCCCUGACUGCACCCAGCGUUUGAGCUCUCACUUCCAGCCCCAGCAGCUGCCACUGGCCCCAGUGCUCCUCUUUGCACAGAGAGAGCCCCUGGGAAAAGGGGAAAUGCUCGGGAGCAGCUGUGCCCUCUGCCCAUUGCAUGGAGGGUAUUGAUUGGAGGGCACCGAAUCCUCCCUGCAGGCGAUGAGCACACCCAGAGAACAAAUCCCCCCACUGUGAGCAACCUUCCCAGGCUGUGCCCAGCCCUCCCUGCCUAGGCUCUCUCUCUGCAAACAGAGCUGUUGGUGCCACUGACAGCUCCACUUUGAGAGCAGAUUUGUUGGCUCAGCCAACAUCCAGAGCCAACGCAGCUACUGUUUUAUUUUCUUAUCCAAAGGACUUAGCACAAAAACCUGAGCCAGGCCAGGAGCACAAAUAACACAAGGUGCAGCUGGGGAGCUUUAAAUCCUCUCUGUUGGAGGCAGUGGGAAGCAGCUGGGAGCCAGCUCAGAGGUGGGAGUCAGGGCACGGUGGGCACAGGCUGCACAUGGCCCCUGUGUGUCAGACCCCCCCCGGGGUGGGAGAGGCUUGGGGCUCUUUUCUUUUGCUUCUCUUUAAGCCCCAAGGAUGGGAGCUGUGGGGUCUAUUGGUGCAGUCCCUGAGCAGCGUUCCCACCUGAGGUCUAGGUCUUGGCACAGGACGGGGGCAGGUGGUGGCACAUGAGAGAUGCCCUGCCACGAAAGCAGUCUGGCAUCCCUGUCAUCUGUCACCAUCAGGCUCAGCAGAUCUCAGGCAGAGAUAAUGCUGUGGUCAGUGCUGCUGGUAAAUAUCUGCUCUGGCACCUCUGGGGCUGCAUCAGUCUUUCACUUAAGCAGCACUGGGAUGGAGGGUAGGAGCCAGAGGAAGGCAGAACCUUGGCUUGGCACUGCCAGACCUAAACCCAGCCUGGCAACCUGGGACACCAGCUCCCAGAGGUUUCUUCCCCCUCACACGAGGAGCUGCUCCACCAAGGCACCAAAGGUGGCUGAGGAACACGCUGAUGCACCCACAUUUUGGCUGGGUUGCUGGUGCCCCAUUCCUGGUGGGACACAAGCUGGGUCACUGCUAAUGACGAUCCAAGCAGGGCUCAUCCUUACGAGUGCAGUGCAGAGAGCUGGGGCCACUGGGGCAGCCAGAGCAGCAAAAGCAGAGGCCUGGGGGAAGUCAUGGGCAGCUUUGCCCAGGCUUUAGGGCAGCUAAAUACAGACUGGAGGGGGGGUGGGGGUGGAAGGGGCUUGGUUCUACAACCUUGGACUGCGCAGCCUUGGCU